AUGGCGCCGCCUCGCCGACGGGCCGCGUCGCCGCUGACGCCCAAGUUCAUCGUGAUCCUCGGGCUCGGCAUGGUUGUUAGCGUCAUGCUCUUCCUCAACCUGUCCUUUGCCAGCAUGGACAAGGCGGCGGUGCCGGCGAGCGGCCAAGCGCUGCACCUCCGCGUGGCCGAGCCGACGCCGCCGCCGCACCGCCGCAUCAUCGUGCUCAUUGCCAACUACCGCGACACGCUCCGAUGCGCCGAGACGCUCGACUCGCUCUUCACGCGCGCCGCCGUGCCCGAGCGCGUGACUGUGAGCCUCUUUGACCAGCUCUACUUGCACGAAGGCGAGGAGCGCUGCUUUGACGCCUAUUGCGCCAAGGUGGGCGACGCCGAGUGUCGCCGGUCCGAGCGGCUGCGGCGCAACGGUACCAUCGAUGCCGACCAAGCCACGGGCCCGACGCUCGGUCGGUACGAGUCGGAGAAGGGCAUCGACUUGGCCAUCGACGAUUUCGUCUUGGCCAUCGAUUCGCACACGCUCUUUAUCAAGCACUGGGACACGGACGUCCUCUCGCAAUGGGACUCGAUCGGCAACAAGCGCGCAAUCAUCACCGUGUACCCGGACGCAACGACCAACAUGCCGCCGGACGGCGUCUUCCGGAAGCGCGUGACGCUCAUGUGUCAUGCCAAGAUCGAGACCGAGGACAAGGACUCGAUGAUCCAGUACAGCGCGUCGAUCACGGUGCCCGUGCCAUCCAAGCCGCGGCUCAUGUCGCAAUUCGCCGGCGGCUUCAACUUUGGCACGGCGCAGUCGGCGCUCGACGUGCGCAACGACCCGCACACGCCGUACCUCUUUCACGGCGAAGAGUACUCGAAGGCCGCGCGGCUCUUCACGCACGGCUACGACAUCCAAGACAUCGAGCUCUACAGCCUCGGCACCAAGCGGACGAUGGAGCAAUUCAUCGCGUUCUCGAGCAUCGACCCGUCCGCCGCCUACAAGAAUGGCGACGACCUCCAGUUUGACAACUGCCAUGAGCUUGAGUACGUGCCGUACGACGGCGACGAGGUCAACUUUGUCUAG